UGUUUUAUGUGUUUGUUUCUUAAAAUCGUGUCAUAUCUGUUGAACUUGGCGCCGUUAAUUAUGACGCUUUAGCUCAUCAGCAGAACCUUUUCUUCUGCCUCCUGCGCCUGUUUCUGUUUUUGCAUCUUCUCCUCUGCAGCAUGUGGGACCUUCUGAGGAUACGGAAACAUCACAGGGAAAUCCGUUACCAUAGCAACACUUCUAUGGCUCCUCCUCCCUCCCUCCGUCCCGGAGCGCAGCAUCCCUCCGUCAGGGAAUAAUCGCUCCAGAGCCGAUUCCUCGGCCAGUCUGAGCGCUCCGGAUCAGCCUGUCUGCAGCCCGUCCUCCUGCUGGACGGCGGGAUGGAAUCCGCUCACCUUUGACCCAUCGGGGGUUUUGGAGGAGAAUACCAGGUUUUUCUGUGGAGGCAGCAGAGAAAUGUGAGAGUAAAAGCAGCUGAAACGUCUCCAGAACCCGACUCUGCUUCCAUUUCCUGCUCCUGCUCUGGACUCUGAGCUCUUUAUUCGUUUGGACCGGCCGUCCUCCAUCAGGUCCUCAGCCCCUCCCUCGGCGGCUCCCCUCUUCAUCAGGAGGAGAGGAAGAGGAGGGCAGACCACACCCAGAGUCCCAGCAGCUCCGUCCUCCUCUUCCGGGCUGCAGAGSGUCCRGACGUGUCGGCGCUGCCAGCUGCAGGGCGCAGUGUGUGUGUCGGUGUGUGUUUGGUGCCUGAACGGAGCCGGGAUGCUGCUGCUGCCUCUGACCCUGCUGGCUCUUCAAGCCGGCCUGUGCCGCGGCGCCUGCGUGGAGGUGGACUCGGACACGGAGGCCGUGGCCAACGAGGGCUUCAAACUGGGCUGCAUCUCCUGCAAGAUGAGAGCCGAGGUGCCGGCCAAAGCCGUGGUGACCUGGGGCUUCAGAGGCGCCGACGACCAAGAGUUCUCUCCGCUGUAUGAGUAUGAGGAGAAAAGGGGCAGCGUUUUGGACCCGCGCUUCGAGGAGCGUCUGGACUGGAACGGCAGCAAAAACACGGAGGACCUGCAGGACGGCUCCAUCUACAUCCUGAACGUGACCUUCAACGACACGGGAACCUACGAGUGCACCUUCAGGAGAACCCUCAUUUACACCAACUACAACUUUGAGAACAGCACCACCAAGCAGAUCCGCCUCCGCGUGGUUCCGAAACGUAAGAACCGGGAUGUUCAACCUGCUGCAGAGCUACAGCCAGAAGUAACAAGAAAAACCUGGUUUUUAUCCUAUCCUGGUCCAGAUCCUGGUCCAGAUCCUGGUCCUGAUCCUGGUCCAGAUCCAGAUCCAGAUCCUGGUUCAGAUCCAGAUCCUGGUUCAGAUCUGAUUCAGAUCCAGAUUCUGAUCCUGAUCCUGAUCCAGAUCCAGAUCCAGAUCCUGGUCCAGAUCCUGGUCCAGAUCCAGAUUCUGAUCCAGAUCCAGAUCUGUUUCAGUCCGUCUCUCUGUCCCUGCAGGGCCGAGUAUUUAGCCGUCGCUUCAGAGAGUAAAGAGAACUGCGGCGCCGUCCAGGAGGCGGAAUGACCCGGUCGAUGGAGCGUCCCAGGCGACGGCCCUGAGGAACUCCGCCUCCCUCUCUCCUCGUGAUGGAAGCCCUGAGCGCAGGCGGAGUCAGAGGAGAGGAGAGCGGAGCAGCAGGAGCCGCUGUAAAUACGCUUCAGCUCCAGUCCGCCUCCCUCUGCAUGCUGACCAGCACACAGUCCUUCCCUCCUCCUCACGUUUUACUCACUGUUUGCUUUUAAAGGGAACAUUUUGAAAAGGAAAACAAAUAAGUUUUUUAAAAAAUCCUUUAGGAACCUUCGGCUGCUCACUGCCAACUGUUAACGCAGCUCAAGUUUUUCCCUGUUUCUCUUCUAAAACCUGCAGAAAAAGGGAAAAACGAACAUUAUUCAUCAGUUAUUAUGCAGCAAAACCAAACUGGCGUCACGUUUCACGCCUCUGCAUGUUGGACUUCAGGUGCUGCAGCAGCAGCGCCGCCCAGUGGACCAAAAGAGAAACGACACGUUCCACCCGGAAGCUCCGCGCCGAUCAGAGGGUUUUUUAAAAUCAAAUAAAUCAAUAAAUGAGA